AUUGUAGAAAAAGAUAAAUUUUGAGUUCUGUGGCCAUUGACAUUCGACGGCAGACGUUGCAAAGCCGGACGCCAUUUGUGAAUACCGCUUCUACGUUGUAAACUGGAUUUGGGACGCUUAAGUUCAAUUGACUAUCUGAUAAAUCACAUAUAAAAAUGGCCGACGCUGACGAUCUUCUCGAUUACGAAGAUGAAGAACAAACUGAACAAAAUACUUCUGAGGCAGUAGCUGCUGCAGAACCAAAAAAAGGUGUUAAGGGUACUUACGUAUCUAUACAUAGUUCAGGUUUCAGAGAUUUCUUGUUGAAACCAGAAAUUUUGCGUGCCAUUGUUGACUGUGGUUUUGAACAUCCCUCAGAAGUUCAACAUGAAUGUAUUCCUCAAGCCGUUCUUGGCAUGGAUAUUCUAUGCCAGGCUAAAUCUGGUAUGGGUAAAACUGCCGUGUUUGUAUUGGCUACUCUUCAGCAGCUUGAGCCAACAGAAAAUGUAGUUUAUGUACUAGUAAUGUGCCAUACUAGAGAGCUGGCCUUCCAAAUCAGUAAAGAGUAUGAAAGAUUUAGUAAAUAUAUGCCAACUAUUAAGGUUGGCGUGUUCUUUGGGGGAUUGCCAAUUCAAAAGGACGAAGAAUUGUUGAAGAACAACUGCCCUCACAUUGUUGUUGGUACUCCUGGAAGAAUUUUAGCUUUGGUUCGUUCUAAAAAGUUGAAUUUGAAGCAUUUAAAGCAUUUCAUUCUUGAUGAGUGUGAUAAAAUGUUGGAGCUCUUAGAUAUGAGGCGUGACGUUCAAGAAAUUUACAGAAACACACCUCAUGGCAAGCAAGUUAUGAUGUUCAGUGCAACUUUGAGCAAAGAAAUCCGACCAGUGUGCAAAAAAUUUAUGCAAGAUCCUAUGGAAGUUUAUGUUGAUGAUGAAGCCAAACUAACUUUGCACGGUUUGCAACAGCAUUAUGUAAAAUUGAAAGAAAAUGAAAAGAAUAAGAAGCUCUUUGAACUUCUUGACGUAUUGGAAUUCAACCAGGUUGUUAUUUUCGUUAAAUCUGUUCAAAGAUGUGUUGCUCUUGCCCAGUUAUUGACUGAACAAAACUUCCCCGCAAUUGGCAUUCACAGAAACAUGUCGCAAGAGGAGAGACUUUCACGUUAUCAACAGUUUAAAGAUUUUCAGAAACGUAUAUUAGUCGCCACCAAUCUGUUUGGAAGGGGUAUGGAUAUUGAAAGAGUAAACAUUGUUUUCAACUAUGAUAUGCCUGAAGAUUCGGAUACCUACCUUCACAGAGUAGCUAGAGCAGGCCGUUUUGGUACCAAAGGAUUAGCUAUUACUUUUGUCUCGGAAGAGAGCGAUGCCAAAAUCUUAAAUGAAGUGCAGGACCGUUUCGAUGUGAACAUUACAGAACUACCUGAUGAGAUUGAUCUCAGUUCUUACAUUGAAGGAAGAUGAGCGGUUUUGAGAUGAACUACUUGUAACGAAUGAUUGUGUAGAUGUGAUUGAUUUUGCUUUCAUUAAACAUUAGAAUGUUUUUAAGUGAUUAAUAUUACUAUUAUAUAGUAUUUAAGUAUUUUA